ACUAGUUUGAUAUUUAUUAUGGCACCUUAUUAUUAAGUGUUACUGAUAAUUAUAGUUAUUGUUUUUUGAAUUAGUAUGAAUAUUAAUAAUAACAUGUUUUCUUUCAAGGGGGAUGGACUUUGUGUGGCUGUGGGUCCUAUGAUGUUUAGAGACGAUGUUGCUCUGUUUUAGAGCUCAUAUCUUCUGUAUUCCUCUGGCCUGUCCUAGACUCACCGUCACCUUGGAAGGAGGGGAGAGAGCAAUUACUGGAUGAACUCGAUGAAUUGGCACUUCGUGGCUGGAUGUUUCACGACGAGAGUGUCUACCUUAUUUCUACUACUAAGAAGAACUGGACGGCCAGCAGAGAAGACUGUCUGCAGAGAAACGCAGACCUGGUGGUUAUUGACAGCAGAGAAGAACAGGUUUUCAGGUUUGUCAGCAGAUUGAUGGGUACUUCCUGGCUAGGACUGAGUGAUCGAGACACAGAGGGGACCUUCAAGUGGGUGGAUGGUACCCCCAUGACCUCAAGUUGGAGACACGGUAAACCACGCGUUGACGGCGGAGCAAAAUACUGUGUCGUAGCAGGGGAGGACGGCUGGUCCGAAGAACCGUGUGACAGACAGCACUACUGGAUCUGUGAGAAGGCCAUACACCUGGAUCAUCUGCAGGCUGGGCGAAACAAAGAGGCCAACAAUUUGGCCUCCCAUCAAACAGAGUUUGAUGGGACAAACAAUUUUACAGGGUCAGAGAUGCCCACGGAGGAGGAGGCCCCCAACAUCACAGAGUUCCACUCCUCUGACCAGGUGUUGCCCUUGGGCCAAACGGCCCGCUACACCUGCCACGCCGGCGGCACGCCGGAGCCCACUGUCGAGUGGCUCCACAACGGCAGGCCCCUGGAGAGGGACGGCACAGACGACCAAUCAGAGGCCUGGGUGGAGAGGGGGUUCCUCUUCGUAAGAGGUGUGAGGUCUGGUGUGAACACGGUCUGCUGCAUGGCGAGCAACAGCGCUGGCACGGCCAAUCACAGCGCUGAGCUGCUUGUCUUUGAUGCCUGUGAACUCACAUUGGACCCCAACACGGCCAACCGAGAACUCUAUCUGUCUGAGGACAACAGGAAGGUGAAGCGGGAUGGAAGGGACCAUUCGUAUCCGGAUCACCCAGAGAGAUUUGACUCCCAGGCUCAGGUGUUGGGUAGAGAGGCUCUGACUGGCCGCUGUUACUGGGAGGUAGAGAGGAAAGGAGAUGUUUUUAUAGGAGUGACUUACAGAGGAAUCACAAGGAGAGGAGGGGGUUAUGACAGCCUGCUUGGAGCGAACAACAAGUCGUGGAGUCUUGAUUGUUAUGAUCAUGGUUACUAUGCCUGGUACAACAAUACAGAGACAUUCAUAGGUCUCCCCCCCCCCUCUGGCUCCAGCAGAGUAGGAGUGUAUCUGGACCGGCCUGCUGGCACUCUGUCCUUCUACAGAGUGUCCCCAGGUGGAGGAGGGUCCUCAGACACACACAUCCACACCUUCCAGUCCACCUUCACCCAGGAGGACCUCCUCCCUGGGGUUGUGUUAGCGGGGGGUGCUUCAGCGUCUUUGCAUCAGUUGUAAAAAAAGGGUCUCUCUCUCUCUCUCUCUCUCUCUCUCUCUCUCUCUCUCUCUCUCUCUCUCUCUCUCUCUCUCUCUCUCUCUCUCUCUCUCUCUCUCUCUCUCUCUCUCUCUCUCUCUCUCUCUCUCUCUCUCUCUCUCUCUCUCUCUGAUAUAUAAGCACAUUUAUUAUUUGAAAUGUACAUAAAAUACCUAUUGAUGGUAAAUGUUUCAGACAUCCCCAGUUUUGGUCUUAGGGCUCCGAGAUCAUUUUUUUCAUAUUCCUGAUUUAAAGCAGAUUUCAUAUUCUAUUCAUAAUAACCAAGAGGUCUGU